GCACCUGUUACCCCAAUGUUGGAGCCACUGUGUGUCCCCAGGAACUGUUACCCGUGGCUCCAACCCGGGGGCAUCACAGGUCAGUGGAUUGCCAGCCGUGGUCCCUCUCCCGGGUGCUGGUGGCGUCACAGGUCAGUGGAUUGCCAGCCGUGGUCCCUCUCCCGGGGGCUGGUGGCAUCACAGGAGAUAGAUCGGCGGUUAGAGAAGAAGCUGAGGAUCACUCAGAGAGAGCGCAAAUCAAAAUCUCCUCCUAAGACGCCCGUGGUUAUACAGGACGACUCGCUCCCAGCCGGUCCGCCCCCUCAGAUCAGGAUCCUCAAGAGGCCUACAAGCAACGGCUUGGCAAGCAACCCCCAUGCCAGCAGCCGGCCCACAGUGCCUGUGAAGUCUCUGGCGCAGAGGGAGGCUGAGUACGCAGAAGCCAGGAAGCGCAUCCUGGGGAGCGCCAGUCCUGAGGAGGAGCUGGAGAAGCCAAUAGUUGAGAGGCUUGCGAGAGGACAACCAGAGGACAGCAGAACGCCUAAUAAUGUGAUCCGGCAGCCGCUGGGUCCCGACGGUUCACAGGGUUUCAAAGAGCGCAGAUAGAUGUGAAGGAGAAUGAUGCCGCAGGCCUGUCGCACCAAUGGACCUGAGCAGAGGGAAUCUCCUCGUUUACUUGCACUUUGAUGCCCUUUUUGCUCCGCCCACUGUGACCUUAAAACCCCGUGCACUGUGACCCCCCUCCCGCCACCCCUGUAGCUCCGACCACUGUGAUAAGCGCAUUGCCACAGGCUCCCCCCAGGUCUUAUAACAAGGGAAAAAGGGAGUCUGUCGAUGUGUGCAACGGGUGGGGAGGGUAGAGGUAGAGACGGCGGAGUCCUGUGCCUGCAACUGCCACUUCUAUUGAAGUUAUCGCCAGCAAUAAUGUUACCUGUCAGUCGCGUCUCCUGGGAGGUGAGUGGGUCUCAUGGCCCCCACUCUGUUCCACACAUGAGCUUUCUCAAGUGCAUGCCUGCCUCCUCACACUACAGUGGACCGGUCUUUCAUAAGGGGGGGUUUUCUCUCCAGACCUAGCGAGCAUGAGCGAAUUUUAAUCGUUUAAGACAAAGAAUAUUUUAACGAGGAAAGCUUAUUUAUAGUAUUCUACACCACACAGAACAAUAACAGUGAGUUGGUUUCCAUGCACAUCUAACACCAUUAACCGACUCCGGUCCCCACGGUGCUGACUCCAGGAUUUUGUGCGCGUUUGGUUACGGCUGCCUUUGCGCGGGAGAGGGGAAAGAGUUGCAUGAGCUUGCUGGCCCCAUGAGAUUAGUACAGCAGGCCAUCGGGGGCAGAAUGCUCAGGAAAGGCCUCUUUCGCUUCGGGGCUGGCAAUCUCUGUAUAUUGGGAUCUGCGGAGUCUGGGACAGCUUUGGUGCGGAGAUGACGUAACGCCUGGGCUGUCCCUAGCGGACGACGGAAUGUGGAAACGGAGAACACAGCUCUGCACUUGUAGUUGUGUUAUAUAGUCUGUGUCGGCCUCUUCCAGCACGGUUUUCCGUGGUUGUGGAACUGACCAGAAGAGUUCUGGACACGGCACAUGCAGUAAUUGGCGGGAGGGGUUGCUCACCUGUAUAUUUCUGGGAUGUGGGUGCAACCUGUUCCGGAUGAAUUGAGGGGGGUGGGGAAGCCAGUUCUGGCACUGGCAGCUAUGGGACGAAGGCUGUAUCUUCCAGGUUUAUGCCAAGCGCUGGACCUUGGACACAUAUUUUACUUUUAGAAUUCAGAUCAAACCAUGCAAAAUAAAAUUGAAGACGUGUAUAUUUUA